GUUCUUGAUUAAGUAUUUUUUUAUUAUUAAUUCCUUCUUUUUUUUUUUUCUUUUUCUUUUUUUUCUCUUAACUUUUCAAAUAUAAUCAAUAUUUAAAAUGCCCGGUGGAGGUGAAAUGCCCAAGACUAAGCAAGCCCCUAAGAACAAGGCUUGUCUCAUCUGUAUUGACGGUUGGGGUAUCUCCCCUAAUGCUGACAAGCUCGGUGAUGCUAUUCGCAACUCUGAGACUCCCGUCAUGGACAAGCUUCAAGCAGAAGAAGCUUUCGUUCCUAUUGCUGCUCAUGGUCUCUCUGUUGGUCUUCCCGAUGGUUUGAUGGGUAACUCUGAAGUCGGUCACCUUAACAUUGGUGCUGGUCGUGUUGUUUACCAAGAUAUCGUCCGUAUCGAUCUUGCUAUGAAGAACAAGGAAUUCGGUCAAGUUGAAAACAUCAAGAAUGCUUUCGAACGCGCUAUUAAGGGUAACGGUCGUCUCCACUUCAUGGGUCUUGUCUCUGAUGGUGGUGUUCACGGUCAUAUUGAUCACCUUGUUGCUCUCUUGACUGCUGCUAAGGAAGCUGGUGUUCCCGAAUCUUACAUUCACUUCUUUGGUGAUGGUCGUGACACUGCUCCCAAGUCCUCUGCCAAGUACAUGCAACAACUCCUUGAUGCCUUGAAUGAACUUAAGUAUGGUAAGGUUGCUGAUAUCGCUGGUCGUUACUAUGCUAUGGAUCGUGAUAAGCGUUGGGAACGUAUUCAAGUUGCCUUUGACGGUAUGACCCAAGCCAAGGGUGAGAAGGUCACUGACCCCGUUAAGGCUAUUGAAGCCCGCUACGAAGCUGGUGAAACCGAUGAAUUCUUGAAGCCCAUCAUUGUUGAUGAAGCUGGUCAAAUUAAGGAUAAUGAUACCAUCUUCUGUUUCAACUUCCGUUCUGACCGUAUGCGUGAAAUCUCUCAAGCCUUCGGUAUCGCUCCUUGUCCUUUCGACUCUCCUGUCCCCAAGAACCUUGAACUCUUCACCAUGACCCAAUACAAGGGUGACUUCCCCUUCAAGGUCGCUUUCCCUGCUCAAACUAUGGAUAACGUCCUUGCUGAAUGGUUGUCCAAGAACGAUAUUCCUCAAAUGCACAUUGCUGAAACUGAAAAGUAUGCUCACGUUACCUUCUUCUUCAAUGGUGGUACUGAAGCUCAAUUUAACCUUGAAGAACGUGGUUUGGUCCCCUCCCCCAAGGUCGCCACUUACGAUCUUAAGCCCGAAAUGAGCGCUGCUGGUGUUGCUGAAGAAGUCGCCAAGGCUAUUGAAUCUGGCAAGUAUCCCUUCGUUAUGUGUAACUUUGCUCCUCCUGAUAUGGUCGGUCACACUGGUGUCUAUGAAGCCGCUGUUAAGGGUGUUGCUGCUACUGAUAAGGCCAUUGGUGUUGUCCUUGAAGCCUGUAAGAAGAAUGGUUAUGCUCUUUUCGUCACUGCUGAUCACGGUAAUGCUGAAAAGAUGAUUGCUGAUGAUGGUAAGAGCCCCUUCACUGCCCACACCUGUGCUAAGGUUCCUUUCAUCAUGGUUGACAAGGAAGCCAAGUUCAAGAAGGAUGCUGAAGGUGCCCUCUGUGAUGUCGCUCCUACUGUUCUUGACUACAUGGGUCUUGACAUCCCCAAGGAAAUGUCCGGCAAGUCUUUGUUGGCUUAAAUUCCUUUGUUUUUAAUAUAAAUUUAACUUGAUAUUAUAAUAUUCAUUUAGUCAUUUUUUUUUCUUUUAUUCUUUUUUAUCACCUAUUUUUGUUCUCUUUUUUUUUUUGUUAGAUACAUACAGUCAUAACAGCAUAUAUAUACAUAUU